AUGAUCCGGGCGCUCCUUCAGGACUGCCAUCUUCGACUGCGGAAAUAUAAAGGGGUUCUGAGCCAAGCGAUCGCUAAAUGCACUGAUCUCAUCGGCGAAGACGGAACUAUGCUGUUGAAACAGACGAUUGAUAAACGGGCCAGAGAACUACGAGCAAAACGAGAUACAGAGCUGGCAGAUAAGCUUCGAAAUAUCAGCCGCACGUUUCAGGAGGAGAACGACGUCCUAGUCCACAAUCUAUCCUCCAAAGAGCUGACUCCUGAACAACUAAAAGUGCUGAGUCACGAGGCGUGCUUCAAUACCACAGACGCCGAUCCGGUCAACCUCGUGGCAACAGUGGAAUCGAUCCUCAAGCAAACCGAGGAAUCCGACGAAACAAAACACCUCGUUCGGCAACAGGUAACCGCCUUGGUGAUGGCCCACAAGCCACGCGCAAAUAUCACCAGAACGGAACAGGAUGCUCUCAAGAAACUGAGGGCCGACACGAGCAUUGUAGUACUGCCAGCAGACAAAGGGCGUUCUACAGUUGUCUUGGACAAGACCGACUACAUUCAGAAGGCUAACAACCUGCUGGAUGAUCGACAGGCCUACCUCCGAUGUGAUGAUGAGCCGAUGAGGAAGCUGCUGACGCAGUUGGACAAAACGCUCGCUGAAAUGCAAACGAACAAAGUAAUAAGCAAGUCGAUACGACUGGCCGUUAAACCAACAGAUGCAGCCGCACCAAGAUUCUACGGACUACCCAAAGUGCACAAGGUCGAUGUCCCCCUCCGACCAAUCGUGUCACUUCGCGGCGCGCCAACAUUCAAUCUGGCUAAAUGGCUGUUCCGACACCUGAGACCUCUCACCUCAGGCGCAACCACAACGGUCUGUUCAGCUACUCAGUUUCUGGAACGGCUCAGAGGGACGCGACUCACUGCAGACGAGGUCAUGGUGUCAUUUGAUGUCACCUCUCUCUUCACUUCAAUCCCGCAGGACCUGGCCAUCGAAACGGUCAGCGGAUUACUCGAGAGGCAGUAUGACGAGACGGACAAGUCAGUGAAGCGGAGACAUCUAGUCCAACUACUAAAGUUCUGCCUGAAGACGUACUUCACCUUCGAGGGGACCAUGUACGAACAAAUUAAGGGGACGCCGAUGGGAUCGCCUCUCUCCGGCUUCAUCGCUGAGGCAGUUCUGCAAAAACUAGAGAGCCUGGUUUUCACCACUCACAGGCCAAAGUUUUGGGCUCGGUACGUCGACGACACCUUCGUCAUCAUCAAGCGAGAAAUGAUUGAGGAAUUUCACAUCGUCCUGAAUUCCGUCUUUCCUGACAUCCAAUUCACGAUGGAGGCGGAAAACAACAACCAGCUGCCGUUUCUGGACGUUCUUGUCCAUCGAAAGCCCAACGGGCACAUAAAAACGACGGUGUACAGGAAGGCUACCAACACACGCCAAAUCCUAAGCUAUCACAGUAAAUACCCGUUAUGUCACAAACGCAGCUGUGUGCGAACUCUCUAUAGCAGAGCAGAAACACACUGCAGCGAACCGGAUGACAGAAGGACAGAACUCCGCUAUCUUCAGCGCCUUUUCAUGGCCAACGGAUACCCCCGUAACUUCAUCGAGCGCAGCAGGCAGUCUAAACCAGGCCAAAAUCGAGUGACAGAACAGCCAAAAGUCUGGCGUGCACUGCCAUACAUCGACGGCGUCUCUGAGGCAGUUUCCCGCCUCCUAAGGCCCUUGGGGAUCGGGAUCGCUCAUCGACCAGACUCAACCAUUCGGCAUUUGGUUAUGAGACCGAAGGCCCCCCUGCCACGAGGUGAAACGACAAACGUCAUCUACCGGGUCCAGUGUAACUCUUGCCAUGCAAACUACGUCGGAGAGACAGGCAAACGGUUACAAAGUCGCGUUAACGAACACAUGCGGGCAGUGAGGAGAAUGGACCCAUUGUCUCUGGUGGCGGAACACUGCGCGGACUCUAGACACACUUUUGCCUUCCAGAACGCCAAAAUUCUGGGUCGAGGCAAUGACCGCGUAGCCAGGGAAACGAUCGAGGCCUGGCACACGGAGACAACCUCAAUAAACCGUUGUGUCGCCCUUCCGACAGCCUACCAAGCCCUCCGGACGCAGCUCAACGAACUAAAGAGCAAGCGCGAAGUCAGGCCGGACGUGAAUCCAAACACGGGAGAGCCUACGACGGACCUAAACGUAGCCACACCGCAAAUCGGACCCGACGAAGGCGCAGUCAUCAAUACUGUUGCCUCAACUACUACUCCGGCAGACGGGGAGAAACGCGGUCAGAGGGAUGCAAUUAAGACUAGCAACCCAGCACGACAAUUAAGGUCAACGCGAAUGCGGGCGAUGGCCACCAACGUUCAAAUGCCGCCCUCCGACGAGUGA